AUGCACGCAGCAUUCCUCGACGAUCAUGUCAAAGAAGCUCGUCAUGAACCGGCUCAAACACUGCCUCGGCAAGACCAUCGGGAAGCCUACAGAGUCUCUAAACUUUGGCUGGCCUCUUUGUUUCCUAUACGCGUCGCGUGUUUCGUGAUGACUCUGUUUGGGCUUCUGGCCAGAGGCCGACAGGAGACUAGUUGGCUAGGGUGGCAAUGCGGCUCGAAGCUUGACCAAAGACCAGCAUCAGCUGCCGACAAGGCUGAAGGUCCAAGCCAAGCAGCGCCCAUCAACGAGGCCGAUGAUGCGGUUGAGCUUGAGGACAUCCUAAGACAGGAGGACGGACAGUCACCGGCCGACAAUCACCCCGGCCAUAGUGCCCAAAGCCCAAAGCCACAUCCGCCGUCCACAGCGAGAGCUUUGUGCAUCUGGUCGGCCAUUAUCUGCGGCGUUCUUUGUCCUUUCCUUGAUGAAGGCAUCAUCGCAACAGCAAUCCCCCAGAUUACUGAGGACUUCCACUCCUUAUUAGAUAUCGGGUGGUACGGAUCAUCAUACCUAAUGACACUCUGUGCAUCUCAGAUCAUCUUCGGUCGUUUGUAUAGCCUUUUCAACCCUAAGUAUGUCUUUGUUCUAUCCCUGAUCAUCUUUGAGGCGGGAUCUAUUGUUUGUGGCACCAGUUUAUCUUCCGAGGCCCUCAUCACUGGUAGGGCUGUUGCUGGCUGUGGAGCGGCAGCUGUCAUGAGUGGAACAAUUGCUCUGUUUGCUGCUGCGCUUCCUCCAGAAAGACUGGCUCUCUACGUCGGAGGCAUGGGAAUUGUUUACGGACUUGCGGCAGUGCUCGGACCUGUCGUAGGAGGCAUCCUCACGAACAGCUCGCUAACAUGGAGAUGGCAAGUCACGUGUUUUUAUAUCAACCCACCCUUCGCGAUACCGCCACUGUUGGCUAUGUUCACGAUUAUAAAGAUACCCCGACCAGACGAGCAGCAGGAUGCCUAUACUUGGUGGCAAAAGAUGAAGCAACUGGACUACCUGGGGACAGCCUUGGUCUUUGCAGGCAUCACAUCUCUCAUCAUGGGCCUUCAAUUUGGAGGGUCAUCUUAUGGGUGGGAGGAUGGGCGGACAGUAGGCUGCCUUGUUCUUGCUGCCGUCCUUUUCCUAUCCUUUUCUAUCUCCCAAUGGUGCCUCGGAGAGCGGGCACUUGUGCCACCACGAGUAAUUCGAAGGCGAAUUGUCAUCUUCGGUUCCAUCUUCACGUGCUUCCUAGAAGGCGCAUUCUUAACCCUGGUCUACUAUUUACCUGUUUGGUUCCAAAGCAUCCAGGGUAUUACAGCCGAAGAAUCUGGUAGGCGAUAUCUCGCGCUGUGCAUUCCCUUUAUCGUCGCAAUCUUCUCAAGUGGCUGGGCCGUUUCGAGGUUUGGCUGGUUUCAACCCUUUAUGCUUGGGGGAACAAUUCUCGUUUCCCUUGGUUCCGGUCUCCUCUCGACUCUUUCUGCAUCAUCAAGUCCAAAAGCUUGGAUUCUCUACCAGGUACUGGCUGGUGUGGGUAUCGGGGCUUCCACAGAGCAGGCUGGUGUUGCAGUGCAGGGCCUGCUGGACGAGGCAGAUGCUCCCAUAGGCCUUGCUGUUGUCCUGCUGUCACAAAACCUUGGUCCCGCGGUUGGCAUCAGUGUUGCCAAUGCAGUGUUCACUCGCACACUUACGGCCGGGACGGAGCAGAGGUUUCCUGCUGUGGACCCGAAACGAAUCUUGGAGGCGGGAGCUACGUCUCUGAGGCAGAUUGUAGACCCGGCUGAUGUCACGGAUCUCAUUACUAUAUACAACCAAGCUGUCACUCGGGCCUUCGUGGUCGCGGCCGUCAUGGGGGCUGCAAGUGUCGCCGGCCUGAUUGGCAUUGGGAUGCAAAGAAUUCCUACGAAGGCUUCCUAA